AUCCGCAGUAGUAAGCUAGCUAAUAACAUGGCGAAGACUUACGAUUACUUGUUUAAACUGCUUUUAAUCGGCGAUUCGGGCGUCGGAAAGACCUGCGUGCUAUUCAGAUUUUCAGAAGAUGCCUUCAACUCAACGUUCAUCUCCACUAUAGGUAUUGACUUCAAAAUCAGAACAAUAGAAUUAGAUGGGAAGAAGAUCAAGCUACAAAUAUGGGAUACAGCAGGACAGGAGAGGUUCAGGACUAUCACAACAGCCUACUACAGAGGAGCCAUGGGCAUCAUGUUAGUGUAUGACAUUACCAACGAGAAGUCCUUUGACAACAUCAAGAACUGGAUACGGAAUAUAGAAGAGCAUGCCUCAGCAGAUGUGGAGAGGAUGGUCCUUGGGAAUAAGUGUGAUGUCAACGACAAGCGACAAGUGUCCAAAGACCGAGGAGAGAAGCUGGCGCUGGAGUACGGGAUCAAAUUCAUGGAGACCAGUGCAAAGGCCAACAUCAACGUGGAGAAUGCCUUCUUAACCCUCGCCAGAGACAUUAAAGCAAAGAUGGACAAGAAGCUGGAGGGCAACAACCCGCAGGGCAGCAAUCAAGGAGUAAAGAUCACAGAACAGCCCAAGAAGAGCAGUUUCUUCCGCUGCACGCUGCUGUGAGAAGAUGGGAUUCUGCAUCUGCCAUUGCCUUAACUUGUGUCCCCCACUGGACAGAACUGGACAGAGCCCACUCUGAUCUCUCUUCCUCAUUCCUCACUGGUCUUCCUUCCGUCUCCUUCUGAUUUGUCCUGUGAUUAUCACGUUAGGAAAAAGCGUAUCUUUCCCUCGGUUUACCGGUCUUCCCUUGACACCUGUGGAUCUAACUACUGUGGCCUCUGUUACGUACUAAAUCUAAAAUCUUUUUUUUUUCCUGAGACUGAUGGUUUCAUCUUUUACUUCACUUUUAAAAGGCUGCCUCUUUGUGAGAUGCUGAGAACGAUCAAAACUUUUCUGCCCAUAGUCUUAAGCUCUCACCUGCGGGUUACAUGUUGUUAGUAUCAUCCUUAUUUAUAUCCUCACUGGUCAAAUUACCGUAUACUAGUCUAACGAGCUUAAAUUUAAGAAAAUACUCCAUUGAUAUGUGGUAAGAGCACAAUCCCACUUAUAUACUUUUAUUUUUAAGCUAUUCUACUAAAUGUUUGUACUGACAGGGUGGUUUAGAUAUAUUUUUUUUUUGCAUCCACAUGUAAAUGCAGCAACGUAUAUCAGCGAUUAUAUUUCACCGUAUGAAAUGGUUAUGCCAGUGUAUUUUACUCACCAUAUCAACAGUUGGGUUUACAUGUCUUCUGUCCACAUUUUCUAUUCGUUCCUCUCUGACUUCUUAUUCUCAAACAUUCCAUUCUUCCUGCCAACACGUUUAUGUGCAAUGUUCUGUCUAUAGAGCCCAGCUUUGUCCAUGUUCAAAGUAUUCAAGUGGCUGCAGUAAGGGUGGGUUCUCGGCAAAAUCUGCUUGCUUUAAGGGCACACAGAUUACUUUUGUAGUUGCUCUCCGCAGUAUUUUACGUAUUGCAGUGUAAGAAAAGAGAUUAUGAGUGUUCACUGCAGCUCUGCAGGUGAGCUAGCAGUACCUGAAUCUAACACCUGGAGGCAAUUAGGUUACACUGAAGGAAUCGCAGUGAUGAUGAAAUCCUUGUUUUAUGCAUUCGUACUUCUUCCAGUUGUCCGUUCCAAUGGGGGGAACACGUACACAACUGUUUUCUGGGCCUUGGAUAGGGGCUGUGCUGUAGCAGUAUUUAUGGAGUGAAACAAAAACAUAGCACCAAAAUGACAAAGUGCCCUUUUUAUGUUCUUAUUGAUUAUGCACUUUUUUUCCUUUCUGUGUUUAAAAAAAAAGAGAGAAGAAAAAAAGUUCUUAACAUUUAUUGACUGUGUUUGUUUAAGUCUUAACUGAAAACAAAGAAUACUCGUGCACAACAUUCCCCUGUACCUUAUCUGGGCUUCCUAAAAACAUCGGAGCACUGAAACUUCUCUUUUUAGUCGUUAUAUUGAAGGUAUUUUCCACUAUUUUCAUUUUCUCUCGCUUGAUGAUUUGGCAGGUUUCUUGUUGUUUUUCCACCUUCUUAUACAUUCGCCAUCGAUGCUUUUGGGAACCCCAGACGUCCUGUUUUACGCCACCUCUCUGCAGAUAUUCUCGGUGUUUUGGCCCAGCAUCGUGGCCGUCUGAACUAUGCAUUCUGGGUGCGUAGAAAAACCUCAAAAAGCUUUGCACAUUCGACUUAACAAGCUUUAUUUGAGAUUAGAAAUGUGCAGAGGAGCUUCGCUGUUUUAUUUUCUGCUGUCACUCCAAACUCGUGCUUAGAGAGCUGCUCAGAGGAUAAAAAAAAAUAGGAAAUGAAUUAUGGUUAAAAUCACAUCAGAGCUUUUACAAAUUGAACAAAUUGUUGAAAGUGGUGCUGAAGAGUCUUUGAAUCAAACCUGUAACUUCACAAAUGUUUUCUUGUGGGUUUAAGAAGUGCAUCUUUUGUUUAACUGGUUCUCUGAAAGUUCAGGUUUGUGGGCUUGAGUUUGGCAUCGUUUUGAUCUAGAUUUUUUUCUUUUGAUUGGAGUCUCUUUUUUGCGAUUCUCUCCCCUUGUAAAUCUGGCAGUUGUGUUCACAUAUCUUAAACAUUCCUUGACCAAAUUUGGAUUUCUUCCCUGAUUAUUGUCGGACUUCACAUGAAAUAAAUGAAAAAAAAAUUCAGCAGUUGUAAAUAAGAUCUACAAUGAUUGUACUGUAAUUCCAUAAAUCUUAUUGGUCUACACUUUUUGUAGAUAUGUGUACUUUUGAUGAUUUAUUAAAAAUGAGAUUCUUAAAGAUG